AGAUGGGGGCAGGGGAGAGGGCACAAGCCCCACCUAGGGUGGUGGCCACAGCAGCAAGGGGCAGACAGAGCCAGGAGCCUGGGAAGGAAGCAGGAUGGCAGCAGGGGCAGCAGCUGGAGCCUGGGUGCUGGUCCUCAGUCUGUGGGGGGCAGUAGUAGGGGAUCAAAACAUCACAGCCAGGAUCGGGAAGCCACUGGUGCUGAACUGUAAGGGGGCCCCCAAGAAACCACCCCAGCAGCUGGAAUGGAAACUGAACACAGGCCGGACAGAAGCUUGGAAGGUCCUAUCUCCCCAAGGAGGCCCCUGGGAUAGCGUGGCUCGUGUCCUCCCCAACGGCUCCCUCCUCCUGCCGACUGUUGGGAUCCAGGAUGAGGGGACUUUCCGGUGCCGGGCAAUGAGCCGGAAUGGAAAGGAGACCAAGUCCAACUACCGAGUCCGAGUCUAUCAGAUUCCUGGGAAGCCAGAAAUUGUUGAUCCUGCCUCUGAACUCAUGGCUGGUGUCCCCGAUAAGGUGGGAACAUGUGUGUCCAAGGGGGGCUACCCUGCAGGGACUCUUAGCUGGCACUUGGAUGGGAAAACCCUGAUACCUGAUGGCAAAGGAGUGUCUGUGAAGGAAGAGACCAAGAGACACCCUGAGACAGGGCUUUUCACACUCCGUUCGGAGCUGAUGGUGACCCCAGCCCGGGGAGGAGCUCCCCACCCCACCUUCUCCUGUAGCUUCAGCCCUGGCCUUCCCCGGCGCCGAGCCCUGCACACGGCCCCCAUCCAGCUCAGGGUCUGGGAGCCUGUGCCACUGGAGGAAGUCCUGUUGGUGGUGGAGCCAGAAGGUGGAGCAGUAGCUCCUGGUGGUACCGUGACCUUGACCUGUGAAGCCCCUGCCCAGCCCCCUCCUCAAAUCCACUGGAUCAAAGAUGGCAUGCCCCUGCCCCUUCCCCCCAGCUCCGUGCUGCUCCUCCCUGAGGUAGGGCCUGAGGACCAGGGAACCUACAGUUGUGUGGCCACCCAUCCCAGCCAUGGGCCCCAGGAGAGCCAUGCUGUCAGCGUCAGCAUCAUCGAAACAGGCGAGGGGGGGCCAACUGCAGGCUCUGUGGAAGGGCCGGAGCUGGGAACUCUAGCCCUGGCCCUGGGGAUCCUGGGAGGCCUGGGGACAGCCGCCCUGCUCAUUGGGGUCAUCAUGUGGCAAAGGCGGCAACGCAGAGGAGAGGAGAGGAAGGUCCCAGAAAACCAGGAGGAGGAAGAGGAGGAGCGCACGGAGCUGAAUCAGCCCAAGGGGCCUGAGGCAGCAGAAAGCAGCGCAGGAGGGCCUUGAGAAGCCCACAGCCAGACCCCAACCAUCAGCUCCCUUUUUUCUUCCCACCCUCUUUUCUGGCCCCAGACCAGUUCUCCCCUGUAUAAUCUCUACCCCACCUCCCCAAACUUUCUUCCACAACCAGAGCCUCUCACAAACAGUGAUGAGUAAACACCUGACACAUUUGC